CAACAACAGCAAAUUUCUCAACAAAAUGCUCUUCUUCAACAUGCCACUCUUCCUCAACAAUAUGCUAUUCUUUCUCAACAACAUGCCGCUCUUUCUCAACAUAUCACUCUUUCUCAACAACAUGCCACUCUUCCUCAACAACAUGCUAUUCCUCCUCAACAACAUGCCGCUCUUCCUCAACAAUAUGAUUCUCAAUUAUAUAAUUUACCUCUUACUUUACCUCAACAUAAUUGGAAACAUGGUGAAAUUAAAAUUUUACUUGAUCAUCUUCAAGAAAAAUUUUCAACUUGGUCUAAAGGGAAUAAAUCUAAAUUUUAUAAUGAUAUAACGAAGAAUAUUCUUUCUAAUAAAGAAGCAAAUGCAAUUAAAG